GUCUGGGGGGUGGCAGUCCUGAUCCUUCUGACGGCUGUGCUUUUUGGCCUCCUGGUCUCCGCCAAGAGGGUCCAGACGCGCCGGCGCUUGCAGUGGCUGCAGAAGCAGCGUCACACUGGCCGCCAGUUUGUCGGAAUGAACGAUGAGGCAAUGCUUCUCUUCGAGUCUUUGCGGGGCAGGCCCUGGAGGAACUAG